AUGGGUGAUCCGGGAAGCAUCACUAUCCGUUGCCUGUUUGGAGACUUGAUUAUCACUUGCGCAUUGGCUGAUUCGGGGGAUAGUAUAAAUGUUUUUCCAUACUCUUUCUUCAAAAAGUUAAACAUCCUAAAACUUGAGCCUACUCAAAUGACCGUCUGUUUGGCUGAUAAAACGAUAAUACAUCCGAGGGGAGUAUGCAAAGAUAUUCUAAUCAAGGUGGAUAAAUUAGUGUUCCCUGUUGACUUCGUAGUAUUGGACAUGGAGGAAGACCACAAGGUUCCAAUUAUUCUUGGAAGACCAUUCUUGAAUACUGCUUGUGCUAUAGUUGAUGUGCGUGAAUCGGAACUCACACUUAGAGCGGGGGAUGAUUCAGUCACUUUUAUGGUUGAUCAAGAGAAGAAGCAAGUAAAGUCAAUUGAAGAUAAAACUUUCUCAAUGGAUUUGGAUGAAGAAAUGUUAGAGAAAGAGCUAGCACUUUGCUAUGCAAAUAAUCCAAAUCAAUUCACACUUUCUUUAGAAGAGGACUUUGAUACCGAAAGAGACUUAAAGGAGUUGGAGAAGCUACUUAAAGGAAGUGAAGCUAAUGAGGAGCUAUGA